AUGUCCAAGGAGAACGUCGUUGUUGACAUCGAGGCGGGUGUGCGAGACGGGGACAGCAGUGACGGUGUCAUCCUUGAUGUCGCUGUCGCCCGCCCAGGCACUGCUGCCGGCCUCAAGACUGCGCCAGACGGCCAUACAAUUCUUGUCCCCCAGCCCUCAGAUUCUACAGAAGACCCUCUAAACUGGUCCUCGGCGAAGAAGUGGAUAGUCCUUCUCAUCAUCUCCUUCGCGGCCUUCUUGCCCGAUUAUGGCUCUGCUGUUGGCGCUGUCACCCUCCUCCCGCAGGCCGAGAUAUGGCAUAUGACACCGGACGAGGUCAACCACUCUCAGGCUGGAAAUGUCUUUAUGCUUGGAGUCGGAGGUAUCGUCACUGUCAUUUGCUCCGCCUACUUCGGUCGUCUUCCGGUACUCUUCUGGUUCAUGGUCGGUGCCGUCGCUACCGCCAUCUGGUGCACCGCUGCCCAGUCAUUCGAGUCUUUCAUGGGCGGCCUCAUGUUCAUAAACGACAUCUUCUUCUUCCACGAACAUGCCAGGAAGAUCAACGUCUGGUCCAGCUUUAUUAUAGUCUCGCCCUAUCUCGGCCCCUUGCUCACAGCCUUUAUCAUCAACACCCAAAUAUGGCAGUGGGCAUUCGGCGUCUACUCCAUUGAGACUGGCCUCUGUUUCAUCGCUAUCAUUCUCUUCAUGGACGAGACCUACUACGACAGGAAGCUUCCUGUAGACCAACGGCCAGCCCGGGUCUCCCGUUGGAAACGCCUCAUCGGCACUGAACAAUGGCAAUCCCGUCACCAGCGCAACAGCUUUAAGGAUGCAUUCAUGCGACCCUUCAUUGUCAUAGCGAAACCAGCCAUGUUAAUCUCCUGCAUCGUCUACCUUCUCACUUUCGCCUGGGUCGUCGGCAUCAACACUACUCUUGCCAUCUUCCUCGUACCCGUCUACAACUUUGGCCCCAAACAAAUCGGAUUUUUCUAUUUCACACCCGUCGUUGCUGCUAUUUUAGGUGAGAUCGUCGGCCACUGGUUACACGACCGCGUGGCUAGCCUCGCCGCCUCCCGCAAUCAAGGCCGAUUUGAGCCAGAAGCCCGAUACCUCGUUACCUGGAUAAGCACUCCCUGCAUCUGCGCCGGUCUCAUCCUGCUUGGCUUUGCCCUUGAGCGUGAAUAUCACUACAUGCUCGCCUCCUUGGGCUGGGGUCUCUACGUUUUCGGCAUUAUGAUUACCACCGUCGCAACCAGCGCAUACGUUCUAGAUAGCUACCCAGAAGCCAGCGGUGAGGUCGCUGCCUGGCUCAACUUCUCCCGUUCCACGGCUGGUUUUAUCGUAAGCUACUUCAUGGUUCGCUGGGCCGGAGACCAAGGACCUAUUCGUCAGUUUGGUGCCAUGACAGGCAUCUGUGGCUUCGCCUUCGUGAUGCUAUUGAUAUUCCAGUUUUUCGGCAAGAGAAUCAGGCGCUGGGCUGGUCCGGUCAACUUUAAGACCCUCUAA